CUGACUAGUUGUUUCAAAGCUGCACGUCGAGUCGUUACGGUAUGAUUUUUCUGAUUACUCUUCUAAGUGUUACAAGUUCUCUUCUUGUAGCCCAAGAAGUUGGCAGCAAUGAAAAAUCAAAGCCGGCCGUUCCGUCGCCUUUGGAGUUGGACAAAGAACCUCUUGCUUCCAUUAUCAACUAUUAUUCGACAUCGCAAAAACCUACAGCUUUCAAAACCAGCAUAAAUCCCCGCAUUCGAUCUGUCUCAAGUCCCCUUGUUCACAAGUCCUUACUAAAAUCACCCGCAACGACUCCACCAUCGUCUCAAAUAAUCGGGUUUGGCCCUUUGACCAGUCAGGUCUCGCCAUCUUUUUACAAUUCGAAGCCGUUCCAGACGAAGGGGCUCUCUACCUAUGGAAAACUGAGCAACAGCGUUCAACCAUCGUUAACUAAACCAAUCGUCAGUACAAAUAAAAACAAAAGUUCGAAAAAUUUUGAUGUCAACAGCACUACUCCAUUUUCGUUGCCACGGUCUCCCACGACCUACAGCUUCAUAUUACCCAUCAUCAAAUAUAAAUCAACAGAGCCAAGCAAGUCGAAAUCAUCUUACAAAUCUGAUAAAUUAAAAAGCAGUUCAGCUCCGAAAGCUGUUCUGGGAUUACCGUCGCUCAAAUCGACGCUUUAUACUGGUGAUUUCGGUAAAAGUUCUGCACUUUCACCAACGAUUAAACAACCAUCGAGAGAUUCCGGUGCGACUAAGUCAUUCAAACCUUCAUAUGCAAUCGUCACUCCGAUAUACAAAGGUUCAAAGGACAAAAAGGUCAAUUUAACAUCUAGCGAAUCAAAAUCAAAUAGUUCAAAGACCGGCGGGUUUCCAAUCAAAUCGGCCUCAAGCAAUGGAGGGAAGAAACCUCAGGCCGCUGAGUCAGCCGUUGAUAGCAAAGUCUUUUUCAAUAUCCCUUUUAUUGCCCUUAACGUGGACAGUAUAGAAUCUAAAGGAGAUAGUAAAGGUAAUUAUGCCCCGUACUUUACAACAGCUCCUUUAAUAUCCCGAUCUAAUGAAGCAAGUCCUGAAAAUCAGGAAUAUAUACGGUGGGCAUUCCCCAGGUACGAAUUGCCAUCGCAAUCGAACGCGCCUGACGUUUCGCACGAGAAUGAAAACAAUUCGAAGGAGAAGGUGUCGUCCGAAGUGACUGGUUCACAAUUUGAAUAUUCCGCAAAACAUGGCCUACCUUUCUACGGGAAAGUGUUACAGCCAAAACCUUUUGAGGUGAGUAUUCUGGGCAUGCCUGACUUUGGCAAAUACGUUGAAUCGGCAAUUAGAAAUGCCAAACAAAAUAUUGUCCAUGACAAAGAUGGAGAAAAUGUGGAGAAAAACGUAAGUGAAGCGGACGAGAAUCAAUCAGGCGAUAAUAACAACAAAGAAGAAAUUAAAACACCCAACCAAAUAUCAAAAACUAAGAUCCCACUUAUAAAAAAAUCACCGGCUCUUUCUAAAUUAAAGGAAGAUUACAAACAGGGCAGUAAAUAUUACCAUCACGAUCCCCAAGACUCUCAUGAAAUACACCAUAACAAAAAAUACAAAUGGGUAAACGGUAAAAUAGUCCCCAAAUGUCGAAAAUUACCAUCUUCGCCCUAUCCCAACGUCGUUGUUAAAAAUCUCCCGCACAACAUUGCCAAAGAUCGCCACAAUUCCGACGGUUCACACCAUCAUCACCAUUACCACCACCAUGAACAUCAUGAAAAGCAGAAAAAUCCAGGCGAAAAGGGGAAGGAAAGUGAAAACAAUUCAAAAGUAAUAGAUUCAGCGCAUCCAUUAAAAAAAUCAGAAAAAAAUAGAAAUAAAGAUUCAACUGAAAUCAUUGAGAAAAUUCGGCAAGACUUGCAGGGAGGAAAGAAACCCAUCCUGGAAGACGCUGAAGUGCUUUUUCCAAGUGAUUUAAGACCGAGAAACAAAACAGGUCAAAAAGACAAAAGCAACGAGUCCCAAAAGGCGGAUAGGAGCAACGAAUCGCAGAAUGCGGAGAAAUCAACCUCUAAACAAAACGACAAAUCGACAGAAGACGACCGCAAAUCAUCCAAAAAAGGUUACAAAGUAAUAGAAGAAUCACGCGAAAAAGAUAAUAAGAAUGCCGUGAAAGAGAAGGAAAGCUCCGAAACAAGAAAAGCCAGCUCAGAGAAAGAUCGUACAAAAGAAGAAGGAGAGAGCACCAAGGAAGAAACAUCGAAAGAGUCGAAAGUAAACAAAGGAAGAAACGACGAAAAUUCAUCGAAAAAUGCAGAAGCCAAAGCGGAGGAAGAAAAACGUAAAGAAGAGGAAGCUAGAAGAGAAGAAGAACUGAGAAGGGAAGAAGAAGCUCGUUUAGAAGCGGAAGCGGAGGAAAGGGAGAAAGAAAUAGAACGUGAGAUUUUGGAAGAGUUCAAAGCCGUAUUUCCGGAUAUUUCAAGUUUAAGUGACUUCGACGACGAUCAAGAGUACUACGGCAGAUCGAGUCGAAGGGAUCGUUCUUCGUCAAGGGAGAAAGACGACUCGCGGGAAGACCGAGAGUCUGCCCGUGAAGACGACAGUGAAGACGAAGACGAAGAUACGUCCAAGGUCAAAUCUGACUACGCCGAACAGGACGUCCACGAUGACUUGAAACAUCCGUAUACAACGUACAUGGACAGGGACGAACGUAAAAAGAGUAAGAAAACAAAGUUCGGCACCCCAAGAUACGGUUCUCGAUCUCGAUCGAAAUCAGCCAAGCUGUCUCAACGGGAUUCCGAUGAGGAACUAGACGAUGACGACUUCUUCAAAGGAUGGCAUACGGAGUGA